CCCCGCCUCCGCCUCCGCCCCUCCCCCUCCCGAGUUCGAGCCGUUCGAACCCGAACCUCUUGACUUUUUCCCCACCGAGAUCCAAGACUACGCGGCACUCCAGCCCGCACGGCGCAGCCCCGCAGCAACCCCAACUCCCAGCCCACCGCUCACCGCCCUCCCUGGGGCCGGCUACGAACCCCUGCCCGAGCUCUCCGCCUCCGCGUCCGCCAGCGCGCCCGUCGCGCCCGGCAGCGCGCCAUGGUCGCCCUCGCAUCCCGGCGAGCUGGGCGCGAAGACCCUCGAAGACGGAUACGCGUUCGCGCGCAUGCCGGGCGAAGCGCACGACUGGACCACAAGCUUCCGGGGCUUGAGCGCCGCGCCGUUCGACAAGGACGUCGCGAACGCGCUGCUCAAACCUUUGUCGCCGGAGGAUGUGGAGAUGAAGCCUGAUGGGCUCCUCUACCUCCCGGAAAUCAAGUAUAGGCGGACACUUAAUGCCGCGUUCGGGCCCGGCGGGUGGGGCAUGGCGCCGCGCGGCGAGACGCAUAUUGGCCCGCGGAUCGUUAGUCGUGAAUGGGGGCUUGUGUGCUUGGGCCGCCUCGUCGCCAUCGCGCGCGGAGAACAGGAGUACUUUGACCCCUCGGGGAUCCCGACCGCCACGGAGGCGUGCAAGUCGAACGCGUUGAUGCGGUGCUGCAAGGAUCUCGGGAUUGCGUCCGAGCUGUGGGACCCGCGCUUCAUCCGCGAGUUCAAGGCCAAGCACUGCGUCGAGGCCAUGGUCGAGCACGUGACGCAGAAGAAAAAGCGCAAGCUCUGGCGCCGCAAGGACCAGAAGUUUGAGUAUCCCUACAAGGAGAUUGGCGUUGUGCCGAAGUAGCUCCGUGAUUCGGCGCGUCGAGCCGCAGGAAGCGAGCAGCGAAGACGAGUCUUGUCGAAACGAAGGCACGACAGACGGCAGCCAACACCGCCCUGCAUGACCCAUAUAUAUACAGCGUAGAUGUUGUAGAAUACAGACACAACUCUGAUCUAGACGAAAGGCGCGGAAUGUGGCUGUGCAGAUAACCGGUUCCGACGAAGGCACACGGCACACGCGGGCUCCCGUCGCACGUUGGGUACGACGUGCCUCUGCCGGCCGUCAGUCGAUUAGAAGGGGAGAGAUAAGAGGAGAGAGUGCAAUCGACUCGCGGUGAGGAGCGUUGGAAGCCUAGGAGCGAGGAGCGAGAUCGCAACGAGCGGGGAGAGAGAUCGCGAGGAUUAGAGUAGGACGAAUGGAAUAAGGGAACCAACUUGCG